AUGUCGAAAACUCUUCGUCCUUGUCGUACAAUGAAGGUAAAAUCGGGGCAUCAGCCUAUGGUGCGUGUUUGGAGCAGGAUCGAUGGACGUCAGAUAGGAACCCUUAGCAGCCAUCACUUUCGCAUCAGCUCCGUCCGAUUCAGCCCCACUGCAACGCACAUCGUCAGUGUGGGCUGCCAGGAGGACCAAACUAUCUGCUUGUGGGACCGAGUUCAGCUCCAAAAGGUCGCCAGUGCCAAGGUAUCUGCAAGGGUUAACGCCGUCGCUUUCAGUGACGAUAAGGAGUUCUUCGUUACAGUGGGCAUUCGUCAUGUUCGCUUCUGGUAUAUUGAUUUGAAAAAACGUCCCAAGAUCAAGGAGACACAGCCGCUGAAGGGCAGGAAUGCAGUACUGGGCGACAUGCUGCAUAAUACAUUCACGGACGUCUGCUGCUGCAUGGGGCCUGCAGAGGGCAGUAACGAACACCGAGCCCUGGUCCUUGUCCUUUCACAGGCCGGUCAGCUCCUGCAAAUCAAUGCUGCUCGCUGCGUCGCCAAGUGGGUUGAUCUCAAGGUAACCAGCACAGCAUGCAUGACUCUAAGCGGGCAGACAGUAGUGGUCGGUUGUGCUUCUGGAGUAUGUCUCAUCUUCUCCGCUAUCAGUCUUCGAUUCAUCGCCCGUGUGCCCCUUCCUCACCCCCUUGGGGCAAGCGUCUCCAGCUUCAAAGUGGGCGUCUCGCCUUCAGCCACAUCUUCGGCCGGCCGUAGGGAGGAAACUCGCUACGCUGAGGUGGUAGCCGUCAAGCUCGAUCUUGUCGCAGGUCACCUCAUUUGUAUGUAUGCGGAUCACAGCCUUUACUGUUGGAAUGUGACCGAUCUAAGGUCCAUCGAGCAGCAGUUUACCCACUUCUACCAUAGUCGUGCGGUGUGCGGCAGUGCGGUGACUGCAUCUAGCGCCUGCCUUACGCUUGAUGAGACUGAUCUUGGUCGAUGGGCUCCUGCGGAUGCCGCUGGAGCCACCGUUUUCCACAUAGAGCACUUCGUUACUUGCUCAGAUGAUGACACUGUGCGCAUCUGGUCCUUUCCUGUCAAUCGCUCUACCCUCAAAUCCCACGAACUUUUUCCUGAUGGCAAGGAAGAGGUCAGUAUUUUAUAUACGGACGUCAGCUAUGCCAAUCUCUGUUGUGAUGAACGAAGCUUCAAUAGCUUUGGUCCAACGUAUUUUGGCCAGGGUAGCACAUUAAACCUCUCGGCUCCGGGUAGUCCGGCACUGGUGCGACAAGGAUCCGGUAGAUGGAACAGCAACGCCAACAUCAUCGUCGCACAGAACAGCGCCGGCUUUGGUCUUCGCUCCAUCGCCAUUUCGCCCGACACUCGACACUUUGCUGUUGGAGAUCGAUCCGGCCAGCUCAGGAUCUACGAUUUUAACACCUUCAAACUGUUACAUAGUAUUCGUGCUCAUGACGCAGAAAUUCUCUCAAUCACCUUCUUCGAAUCGAAGCUAACGCCGGGCGUAUCACUGUUGUGCACUUCCUCGCGCGACCGCGUCAUUCACGUGUUCGCUCCACGACAGGACUACUCGCGGGUGCAAACCCUCGCUGACCACUCGGGAGUAGUCAACUCGGCCCUAUUUUUUGAGAGUGAGGAAACUCGUCGAAUCUACCUCAUUUCCUGCGGUGCCGAUCGCUCUCUCCUCUUCCGCAUUCUCAGUACGGAUCCGGAUAGUCAAACGGCACGAUUUGUGAUUGAACACCACAUUUCAAUGACGCACUCUUACGCAUGCGCCACAGUGGUGGGUCCCUCGCUGUUGGCACCGGUAGAAAUUGGGUCGAAGGGCUCGGUGCAGCCUCGCGUGAGGCACUAUUUGGCGGUGGCGUGUCAGGAUCGCCAACUGCGGCUCUAUCAAAUUGCCAAGGCGCGCCAACUCUUCCACUACCGCGCCAGUACAUGCGAGGAUGGCUCUCCCGUUUGCUGCGCUGCCGAUCCUACCAGCACUCUGAUUGCCACUGCAGGCUCUGACAAGCAGAUCAAUCUCUUUCACCUCUUCACCGGCGAGCUCGUAGCCACUCUCUAUGGACACGCAGACAUUGUGAUGGGUCUCGUUUUCUUACCCGACUUGCGACACCUCGUCAGCGUCUCCUACGACUCAUGCGUUUUUGUGUGGCGUCUUGCUCCCGAACUGACGGCCCUGAUGCUAGACCGGCAGCAACGCAUCGCCGCUCUUUUGACCCCAUCAGCCCCUUCUGUGGCAGAUCUUCCCGCAUUGGCAAUCUGCCCUCUUAACAGUUCUCUGCCUCUAUCCGCGAAUGAUGCCGGCAGCUCUGACGGUGGUGAAAACAUUAAGUUUCCUUUCACUGAGAAUGAUCUUCCUUCCUGGGCGCGUUGCAGGCAACACCCGGAGUCAGAUACAGGUACUUCAGAGCACUCCAGCCUUCCAGAACGAGAGACGAAGCACUCGUUCAUUGGAUUUCUGGAUCCAACCUCAGAAGUGGAAGUUACCGCUGUGGCUCACGUCUCGCGAUCUCAGAGUGAACGCGUGCGGUCGAGUCUGACAUCGAAGCGUCAGCGAAAUCGAACAUUCUGUGCAGUGCCGGUGGUAUUAGGUCGCGGCAACAGCCUUGGCCGUCUACCUACUAGUAGUAGCGCGUGUCGAGGUGAUAGCGUUGAUCGCUACGCCGAUGAGGACAUAGACACUCCAUCUAUGUUUUCCAGUGCCGUCUUUCCUCGAUGGGCCUCUAGCGUUGUGAAUAUCACGCAAGAGUUUCCCUUCAAGCCGCCGCCCCCUCCUCUACCUCUCUCUGUCACUGCAAACAAUGACCUUGUGAGCCUCUUUAGCUUUACUGUCUCGCUGAUUACUCGAUGGGGUAUGUCAAAGGUCUGUGAGCACGUCCUCAUCAAUGCCCACUCCCGUUCUCUAACCUUCAGUCUUUCAAGUGAUGCUUUAUCCUCGUUCGAAGGCCAACCAAACAAGUGUCAAAGAAAUAGCGGUCCAAUGAGUCAUCCUCAACUUGAAGACUGUUGUCUAAAAUUAAGUCGGGUUGAAGAGGUUUGUGACAACGAGUUGGAAAUGCCGGCGAGUGAAUGCAUUACGAAAGAAGCUGUGCAAGUUCAGUCAAACUCUCUCCCUCUUAAAAUGCCUUCAGCGAGGGUAAGUCGGUUGGAAUCGGAUAUCGAAGUCGCGAUCUCUUCUUUUGUCUGCGAAAGAGGGAAUGGUCAAAGCACCUCUUUCAGCCGUGAGCUUGAAGGCGAGACGUCUAGCCCCGAUCAGGACACGACUUGCUGCCUCUCUAGAGAGAAUUUUGAUAAUUCCCCCAACUCCGUAUCAUCGACAUCGGAUUCAGCCUUAGCCUUGAGUCUGCUGUCGAAAGUGCGUGAGGCAUUAGACGUAGCAAUGGACCACCUGGCUGCCUUUAGCACUAACAGCAGCACGAUCUGUGACAGUCGUAAGUUCUUCAGUUGCCACUUGGAGCAACGAAUUACACGGCUAAGAAGUGUACUCCGAGUUGAGCCUCCCAUCUCAGCCUUCCCACCUUCUCCUCUUUCGCAAUCUCCCACCACCGACACCCCAACUCAACACAUUGAGGAGUCCACACCCUCACAGGCGGCCGUUGUGGAGCUUAUCGAGCGUCUUAUGCCAAGUAUCCGCAGCGCGAUGGCUGAGACUUUAACAGCUGGUGUGAGUCCGGGAUCUGUCACCUCCAGCGAGCAUGCAGAUGGAACUUUGAAAAUCCCCACAAAUCCCUUUCCGGAGGCCUAA